GAAAACGGCGCUGGAUCGCUACAGCCUGGAGAAGGCAGGCUUCACCCACAUCCUCAACGCCGCCCACGGGCAGCGCAACGUGGACACGGGACCAGAGUAUUAUCACAACAUGCCUGUGGAGUACCAUGGAGUGGAAGCAGACGAUCUCCCCACUUUCCAGCUCAGCCAGUUCUUUUACUCAGCUUCUAAAUUCAUUGAUAACGCGCUCCAGGAUGAAAGAAACAAGGUUCUGGUUCACUGUGCUAUGGGUCGCAGCCGGUCAGCCACAUUAGUCUUGGCUUACCUGAUGAUUUAUAAGAACAUGACAGUGGUGGAUGCCAUUCAGCAAGUAUCAAGACAUCGAUGCAUUCUGCCAAACCGGGGCUUCCUGAAGCAGCUGAGAGAACUGGACAUAGCACUGGCACUGCAGAGGAGGAACGCCAAAACCAGCCUACCAUCUGAUGAUGAUGAGAAAAGCACCACGACCUAAUAUCACUCCUGGCAGUGUUGUGCCACUGGAAAAGAAACUCCGUAAGAGGA